UUCCCUUAUUGCAUUUGAUGCCAAACACAGCAUCUAAUCUCACUGUCAUUAGCACAAAAUUUAGAGGAGGUUUGUCUGAGUGUUAGAGAGAUGAAGGUUGAAGCAGAAGCCUACACCUUAUUGCUUGCCUCAAUUCUUCUGCUGAUUUCAGGUGUCAGAGUUCAUGCUAUCUCUUAUGAUCAUUCUGUAACAACAGAGUGUUUGGUGGAACCACAAAGAGCCCAAUAUGAAGGAGGCAUUAUAGUGAAUCCAGGAUUCGAUCAAAGCCUAAGAGGUUGGACAGUUAAUGGGAAAGGAGUUAUUGAAGUGAGAAUAUCAAAGGAAGGGAAUAGGUUUGUUGUUGCCAGAAACAGAACUCACCCAUUAGAUAGUUUCUCACAAAGAAUCCAACUUGAGAAAGGAAAGCGAUACGCCUUUUCUGCUUGGGUUCAACUCGGUGAAGAAACAGGGACUGUGUCAGUUGUCAUUAGAACUAACAGAAGUGAACUGGUACGAGGUGGUCAUGUGAUAGCACAGCAUGGAUGCUGGACUCUGCUAAAAGGCGGCAUAGUUGCAAAUUUCUCAAGCUCUGUCGAGAUUCUUUUCGAGAGCCAGAAUACUGAAGUGGAAUUAUGGGUUGACAGUGUCUCACUACAACCAUUCACCAAAUCACAAUGGAGAUCACAUCAAGACUGCAACAUUGAGAGGAUACGCAAGAGCAAGGUGAGAUUCCAGAUAGUUCACACAAAUGGAACAGCAUUAGAAGGAACUACAGUGUUAAUAAAUCAAAUAAGAUCAGGCUUCCCAUUUGGAUGCAGUAUAAACCACAACAUUCUCACAAGCAAAGACUACCAAACCUGGUUCGCAUCAAGGUUCCAGUACACAACUUUCACCAACGAGAUGAAAUGGUACAGCACAGAAAUAAAGCAAGGUGAAGAAAAUUACAGUAUUGCAGAUGCCAUGUUGGAGUUCACCAAGCAGCACAACAUUGCUGUGAGAGGCCAUAAUAUUUUCUGGGACAACCCAAAAGAACAGCCUCAAUGGGUCAAAUCGCUAUCUUCUGAGGAAUUGCAAAAAGCAGCAGAGAAGAGAUUGAAUUCUGUGGUUUCAAGAUACAAAGGGCAACUGAUUGCAUGGGAUGUGGUCAAUGAGAAUCUCCACUUCAGCUUUUUUGAGGAUAAACUUGGCCAAAAUGCUUCUGCAGAAUAUUAUUCCAAGGCUUACAAGCUUGACCAAAAGCCAAUCAUGUUCAUGAAUGAGUACAAUGCAAUAGAGUACAGUGGGGAUAAAGCAGUGAUCCCAGAGAAAUACAAGAAGAAACUUGAGGGGAUUCUGUCAUACCCUGGAAGUGAAGGAAUAUCAGUAGGAAUAGGAUUGCAGGGUCAUUUUGUUUCAGGCCAACCAAACCUUGCUUUCAUGAGAUCUGUUCUAGAUUCUCUGGCCACAACUAAACUUCCCAUUUGGCUCACAGAAGUCAGUGUAGAUAAAGGCCCAAACCAGGAAGAGUACUUGGAGGAGAUACUAAGAGAGGCUUAUGCACAUCCUGCAGUUGAAGGGAUCAUAACUUUUUCUGGUCCAGCAAUAGCUGGUUUCAAAGACAUGCAUCUCGUGGAUGAAAAUUUCCGCAAUACUCCAGUUGGUGAUGUUGUGGACAAGCUUCUGAAUGAGUGGAAGUCUGGGUCUGUGCAAGCCAAAACAGAUAGCAGAGGAUUUGUGGAUGUUUCACUGUUCCAUGGAGAUUAUGAUGUUACUGUCACACACCCAGUAACCAAAUCCUCCACAACACUGAAUCAUAGUGUAAAGAAACAUACUCCACAGAAAAUUGUUCGAGUCCAUGUAUAGGAAUUAUAUAAAAGCAUAAAGAAAAUGAAUAAUCCACCCUCUUUGUUCAAAUGCAAUGGGGGUCAAAUCUGUAAUAAUUAUUAUUGAUACUUGUGUUUUGAGACUUUCCUUAAUUA